UACCAAGUGCACCGAGAUCGGAAUGGAGAAGAGCUGGGUCAUGACUGAGGACGAAAGGAUGCAGCAGCUCAAGCUUCGUCAGGAGAAGAAGCGCCAGAAGGAGGAGGAGGAGAAGCGCCGCCGCAUGGCUCAGGAGCACCGUCUGCAGCCGCACGUGCCGCUGCUGGAGGAGCAGCACCUCUACCUGUCCGGCGACGACCUGCAGGAGAUCGAGCAGCUCUUCUCGACAUUCUACAAAAUGUAUGAGAAGUGUCCGAUGCUGCCAAACGGCAUCGACAAUCCGGACGAGCAGGGCAACCGGAUGGUGACCAUCUUCGUCAACAGCAUCAUCCGCAUGGUCAGCUUCGUGGGCGAGCUGCCGCGCUUCCGGCAGCUGACGCCCUCCGACCAGAAGGUGCUCCUCCAGAACGGUCUUCUGGCCAUCAUCAUCCUGCGGGGCACCAUGAACUACGACGGCGGCACGCACUUUACUCUGAAGGAGCGGCCCGACGAGACGCGACCACCCACCGUCAGCAUCGGAGAGAUUCGCACCCUGAUGAAGGACGACCUCUACAAGAGCCACCAGAAGUUCUACACGGAGAUCACGGAGCUGGGUCUGGACGAGAAGACGCUGAUGCUCCUGCAGAUGGUCGUCCUCUACUCACACGACAAGAACGGACUGGUCGAGACCGAAAAGGUCAACGGCUUCCAGGACCACUACACGGACCUGAUCCGCCGCUACAUGAGCUGGCACUACGGCAAGGAGAACACCCGCAUCCUGUUCCCCAGGAUGCUGCACAGCCUCACCAACCUCCGCGAGCUCACCGAGGCACACAACAUGAGAACGAUUCACUUCACCACGCCGGACAUCGACAAGCUGAAGGCGGCGGUUCGCGAGAUCAACAUCAACCCGUACCCCAACUGUCCGGAGAUCCUGGCCACGGCCCAGUACGGCGAGCACGUCCGGCACGGCAGCGAGCCGGGAGCCAGGUCAGCGGCCGAGCAGGGCGCCUCUGACCUGAGUGACCUCCGACUCUCCGGUCGACCUAUGACCAGCCGGUCCACCAGUCUGCCGGGCUAUCCGAGCAACUUUGGCCAGUCUCUGGGAGCGCAGACCAGCGCCUACUUCCAUCAACAGCAGCAACAACAGCAGCAGCAGCAGCAGCAGCAACAACAACAGCAGCAGCAGCAGCAGCAGCAGCAGCAGCAGCAGUUCGCAGCGGCAGGAUACUCUGACCAGUAUGGAGCUGCCUGCUCUUUCGGGUCGAGAGGGUUGUCACAACAAUGGCCUCAGAGCUACCCGGACCCGAUGUCCUCCUGGCCGGAGGAGCAGCGUCAGGCCCGCCAGGGUAGCUCGCGGGCCACCACCUCUGUGGCACCUCCGCAGCACGAGUACCCGGACGACCUCAACUCGUUUCUUGAUCUGCUGCUGGCAGGUCUCGAUAAGCCGGGCACCCAGAUGACCAAACGGUUCAAGUCGGAGACGCCCUCACCACUGGGGUCGCCGCUCAGUUCGCCGGGACUGCAGGCGGCACGAGCACACCCGAGCGCCGCCUUCCCAGCGGCGGCCAGCCACCAGCCGCAGCAGCCGCAGCAGCAGCCACAGCAGCAGCAGCAGCAGCAGCCACUGCUAACACCACCACAAGCUUUCUCGCCAUUCUGCUCACAGAACAGCUACGAGCGCAGCCGACCGAAUCUGUACACCGACGCCGCCGGUUUCCAUGGCAACUAUAGCACACAGCACUGAGCGCCUCCUCUCGGGCGGGCGCGAUGGCCUUUGCAGUUGACCGAAAUCAAAGUUACAGGGUUAUUUGUGUGAUAUAUACCUAAACCGGCGGCGCUUUUCAGUGUACGGUGGCGAGCAGUAGGUGCUUUAGCGUCCUGAGUGUUGUUCUUUUGGUAAUCGGCGAGCGCGGAUGUGCAAUGGGUUGCUGCUUCAGUUGCUGGGCCCUCACUUUUGACCAUGGAGGACGUGGCCCCAGUGGAAACCCCACGGGAGGCCCCAAUUUGUACUCAGUGUUGGGGUCUAUUGUGGGGACGGCUCAGAGUUUCCGUCUUCAUCCGCUGGGCGGCGCUGUGAUCGCGGCUGGAUUCUGAGAUCCCAAACGACGUCCGGAGAUCUAAGAUCCGAGGGACUCGGUGGCUCGAGCGGCCCAGCGCGGUGCGUGUGAGGGGGUGGUAAAACGCAGUCAAACUGCCCGUUUUGUGACAGCUUUGUGACAUUUCGACACUGGUGUCCAGGCGUUUCCGAGGCUCCUCAACUUUUGACUAGGCCUCUAACGGAAACUCUGUGGGGUCAUAUCGAAAACAGUGACGUCACGUAUCACUGAUGACGUCAUACGGUAUCAGCUGGGCGUCAGUGACGUCCGCUGCGGGGGUGCUGCCGCUUGUUUUGCGCCAAUGUGUGUUCAUAUUCCAAGAACCUGCCACACCCGAUCCGUUUGUGUCCGUGUUUGGGGAUUUUCUACCGAAGGCGUGCCGUAGAAAGUCGUCAAAAUCUCUAGAUCAGCGUUGUGUGUACCGUGGCGUCCGUAUUUGUAACUCGCGCGCCCGUAGGCGCGCCGCGCGCCAUGGCUUGUAGCGGCCAGCGCCCAGUGUGUGUAUUUUUUUCUGUCAGCUUUUGCUCGGGGCGAGUUGAGGCGGGCGCUCCACGGGAGGCGAAAUCACGUGUCGUGUAGAGCCGUGCUCUGAGGCUGUGCAGAGGUGUGAAACAUCAAGGUAGGCUGUGCGGGCAGAAGUGUGCCGGUGGAAACAUUUGACGUCGGUUCCCUUUUGGAGGAGUACUGUCGUUUUGGGCGUCUGACGUCAGUCCCUUUGGGAGGUGUUUUGUGGCUCUGAGAGGGCGGACAUUGGCCGCUCGGCGGUCUAGCAGAGGACGGGACGGGGUGCCUUUAGGCUGUGCUGGUGGCUUUGAGCCCUAUUCGGGCGGCGCAUGGCACAGUUCUGCCGGAGGGGGUGCUGAUAUUGUGGGCAUGGGUUGUCUGUCGCUUGUAGGAAUUGUGAGGGGGUUUGUGAUUGUGUGAGGGGUUUCGUCCAGCGCGACUGUCGUGCUUGUUAGCGGUAUGCAUUGUACCGGGUUCAGUUAUCAGUCUGCUUCCCAUUUUACUACUCCCUUCCACGUUGUCUCGUAAGUAAACACAUUUCGACUGGUGACUGUUCACUGUUCAGUGUCCACUGUCCACUGCCGUUUGUCUACUGUCCGCUAUUUCUUGUUUGGACACUAUUUAACCAAUAAUUCAGUAAUUUGUACAGGUAAUCUGUGUAUCAUCCACAGAGGAUUUACCGCUGCUGUUGGUUAAUUAUUUUGCUCUAUUUCUUUAAGUUUUGUGUCUGAACAGCUUCGUGCUUCCUCUCUAGCACGCUUUCAGAGGCGGCACACUGUAUCGAUCACAGCGCCAUCUGUAGAUGUCGCUGUACGAGCUCCCUCCGCCUUCUCCGCCAGCCAUCGUUGUGUCCUCGCGAGUCUUGGGAAAAACAAAACGAGCGAACCACGUUUUAGGGGUUGUGAAAUUUCAAAUUCACUCCUACACGAAGGGUCUGGUCUGAAAAGUUGUGUGUUUAUUAUCAUGGGGUAUUUGAGAACGUGUCUUUAACCACCCAGUGGAGUGGCAGUGGUCGGGCUUUUUUGGCUGUCGGUCGCAGGUCCCCGUAUUUGCUCGUCGCUGUACAUGACGAGUACCGACCGGGGGUGUCUGCUCAGUUGUGAAUGUUUUGUGAGUCUGUCGUGGUGGGGCAUGCUAUCCAUUGAGAAAACCUCGGUGCAUGUAAGGGCAGGCCGAACGCCUCAUUCUGAGUCGUUCGGGGAGUAUUUGGUGAAAAUGUCCGCCUGUGUCAUUUUAUUCGUGGGUUAAGUGGGGUGAAAUGCGUUUGUCGGGUAAAAUUUGGCCACGUUUGGCAGCUGGUGUUCGUGUCUGUUCUGAUUUCGCAUCCCGAAUCCAGCCACGCGUGUGUUUUGUCCUGCUUAGUUAGACUGUGCGGCGCACGGGGAUUGUGGUAUCAGUGUCUGCUCAAGCGGCGAUUAGCAAAUGUGCGUGUUCUGUGCUCCUCUUGCCUGACCUGUCAGUUACGGAGAACGGAACGCGGUGGCACGUACCAACACGUGAGAAGUCAGUACAAACGGUAGGGUAGCGCGCCGCGCCGACAGUGUACUUGUUUCGGGGUGUCGCUCGCGCUGCCGGCCUGUGUGCGCUUUGUUACUCCCGCGUCAUCAGUCGGUAGAAACGCAACCGAGCGUCGAAGGCCAGGCUUUUUCAGCGUCCUUCGAAUAGCGGUUUGUUAUGUGGAUGCGGACAUAGCACAAGGUGGUUUAGUUAUCGACACAUGUCAAUUAUCUGUGGAAAUCCGUCAGCGUGGAGCGCGCGAUGGGGCUUAAAAUCACCAGCCGGCUGGGCGCGGAGCUGCCAGUAUUGUGAAGCUUGACAGGGAGAAAUUUUCUGCCGGACAGUGGCGCCUCAUUGAGGGCAUAUGUGCGGACCCCGGGGCCGGGCUCGAGUUAGGGGCGACUGUGCUGCCACAAGGCGAUCAGAUGUUACACGGCUGAUAUUUGGCUUUAAUGCGAUCAAAAUUUGCACCGAAUGACGGGAUAGUUAUUCUUCUCUAAAAAAAAAGCUUGCUAAGAAAGAUUACUGCAUCUCUAUUUGAGCUGAAUCGUUCUGGGUGUGUACAAUUUUGAUAGAAUGCCACCAGAUGCCGCUAGUUUUCUUCGCAUUGAAACCAAAUAGCAGCUGUGCCCGCUGAUUCGUACUUGCCCUGUAGUCUGGUAGCGCUAAAGCAUUACAUCACAACCAACGGCGUGCCCGUAACGUCUCGCAAAAACAUCAAAACGUCGCCCUGAUGUUCCUCUCCCGACGAGAGGAGCGCAAAGCGACGCUAGCGCCACUAGCGGCCGGAGAGUGAAGCUGGACUACACUGGCGCCUCUGGCGGCGGCAGAGUGAAGCUCACUGCUUUUUGGGGGCUCAGCGGUUGUUCACUGCAUAUUUUUUUGCGACGCCUAUGGUGAGCCGAUGUCGGUCCGUGCGCUGUUAUCGUGCUUGACGUGAAUUCGCCAGAAUGUGCGUUGUUUGUACAUUUUCGGUGAUGUUUUGUACGUGAUGCUAACUCACAAUAUUGAAUACAUGUCUAAGCUAUA